GUACUCUGUGAAUUGAAGUAACUUGCAGAAUGCAGAGAGCACUUACGUUAUAUCUUGUGAACAACUGAACAAAGAGAUUAAUUAAGUGUCCAAUAAAUAUCAUCGAAAUCGCUGUCCCUGCUGCCCUUAAAGUAAACACGAUGGCGUGGACGAAGUAUCAGAAGUUCCUGGCCUUGAUGAUGGUUUUCACUGGUUCCAUCAACACCCUCAGUACAAAGUGGGCUGACAAGAUGGAAUCAAAAAAUUCAGUUGGCGAAAUAAGAACAUUUACACAUCCAUUCCUACAGGCAUCAGCAAUGUUCCUUGGCGAGAUGCUAUGUCUACUUACGUUCAAAAUAGUAUACUGGUUGAACCGAAAUGAGGACAACCCACAGAAUACUCUGAUCCAAGGAAACCAGAACUUCAACCCUUUUAUACUGAUGCCAGCCGCUAUGUUUGAUUUGGUGGCCACGUCGACAAUGUACAUAGGGCUUAACUUGACAUAUGCGAGCAGCUUCCAAAUGUUCCGCGGGUCCGUCAUAGUCUUCGUAGCAUUGCUGUCUUCAGUUGUCCUCGGCAGGAUAAUCACCAAGAAGCAAGUGCUUGGAAUUGUGAACGUGAUACUUGGUCUCGCUAUAGUUGGCAUCACGGACGCCAUCUAUCAAUCGGACGAGGGAAAAGGCAGAAACAGCCUGAUCACGGGGGACCUACUCAUCAUACUCGCUCAGGUCAUCACAGCGUGCCAGAUGGUCUAUGAAGAGAAAUACGUCUCAGGGUUGAACAUCCCGGCGCUGCAGGCGGUGGGAUGGGAGGGAGUGUUUGGGUUCAGCGUGCUCUCGAUGCUGCUAGUGGUGUUCUACUGGAUCCCCGCGCCUGAGCACUUCGACCAGAACCCACGCGGCACUGUGGAGGACUUCAUCGACGGCCUGGUGCAGAUCGGUAACAACUCGCUGUUGUUGCUGGCCAUCCUGGGGACGAUAGUGUCCAUCGCGUUUUUCAACUUCGCGGGUAUUAGCGUCACCAAAGAGAUGUCCGCCACCACCAGAAUGGUUCUGGAUUCAGUCAGGACGAUAGUGAUAUGGUCUGUGUCGAUCGCAGUGGCAUGGCAAGCCUUCCAUUGGCAACACCUGGUGGGCUUCGCGGUGCUGAUAUUCGGUCUUUGCGCUUACAACGGUCUGCUUCCACCACUGAUCUGCUGCAAAAGGCAACCUGAUGAGGACGAACGACGGAUCGUCAUCAAUGAACCGGAGAGCAAUGAGGACGCUACGUCAGUAGCAGUAGUAGCACCGUAGACAGAAUCCUAAGUUAAACAUAUGAUAAGGCAACCCGGCGACAAACAACAGAUCGUUACUUCUGAACCGGAGGGAUUUGAGAACGCUACGUCAGCAGCAGUAGUUCCUAGUGGUACUUUAAGGUCGUAGCCGACUUACACGCCACCCAACCAAAGUAUAAGCAUUCAAAUAUGAACUUAACAUCGUGCUCUGGAGAUGCACUUAACAGUAACAACACAAAAUACCAGACAGCGCGCGGUAAGCGGGCUUGCCGAAAUCUUGCCACUUAAUAGUUGACGUCUUGCGUACUGCACACUUGAAGACAGCGGUCCGCUCGCUGUGAGCACGACGUCUGCUCGCUUGAAGCGUGCUAAGCUUCAGCGUACUUGCAAGGGUGGAGAGAGGCCGGCCACCGCCACCCGCCCGUCUACUAGAGGGCGGGGGCAACGAAUUGUCUGCCAGCUGUACAGAUAAUGUGUAGGAGCUGUGUAGCAGCGGUGUCGCGUAAGUGGGCUACGACCUUUACACAGAAUCCUGAGUAACGUUACAGAAUAAGGCAACCCGGCGACGAACAACGGAUCGUUACUAAUGAAUUCGAUAGCAUUAGUAAUAGUACUUUACACAGAAUCCUAGAUAAAAUUGUAGGGUAAAGAAAGACGGUUACCGUUACUAAAAUUUUGAGGUGCCGUAGACCUAAUUUACCGGUCGAUUCACUAGGUGAAUCAAGCACACUAUUUUGUAGACUUCACCUAAUGCAGCUUUUUUUUACUCUGAUACAAGUUAG